UAAUAAAGCAAUAUAUUUGUAAGUAAACUUGUAACUUGCAUGGUUUCUUUUGCUCUCUAGCAACCCAUUCUCUUCGUCCUACAUAUAGUUUUUAAGGAUUUGAGCGCUCUGUGCAAAUAUUAAUAAAGCACAAGCACCAUCACAACAAUCUAGUUGUUUAUUUGCAGUUAAAUAAUCCCCGGCAGCGCCACGGUAUAAAGCAAAUUUUAACAACCUAAAAUGACAUAACAAAACAUUAAAAUAACUUCGGGUAAUUGCAGAGAAACAGCUCCCCUUGAGGAAAGCGGUAGCGAGCCAACGCCCGCCGCUGGUUCCUUGUCCCUCCCGCUUUUAGAGUUUCCGCAGAGCUUCUGUGGUCGUGCUGGAGUCCAAUCACAGCAUUUCAUCAAGACCACUUCUCGGGGAAGUUGAUUCCGCCUGAGGGGAAAAUAACAACUCGCCAGUUUAAGGAAGAGCAACGAUAAACCGCACCAGGGCAGCACUCUCUAAACUUUCCUCCACUAAAGAAAGAAAGAAGAACAUUUGUUUAAUCUGCUCGUAGUUAGGGGUCGAAUACACGCAGCACACUGUCUGUUUAGUGAACUUUGGUAAAGUACAGAAUGGCCGAUACAACUGCGUCCGGCUCUCCCAGCUGCGUGGAGAGGCUGAAAAGCUACAUGAAGACCCAGAAAGGGUUCAUCCUGGCAGCAGAAAUACUUGUCAGUUUUAUCAUCAUCAUCUGCUAUGAUUCUUCCUGGUGUGGAGGCUUUACUACGUUGCCCAUAUGUAAGAUGACCUUCGCCACGAUCUUCUUCAUCAUCUUCAUGAUGGACCUGGACAAGCAGAUCCUAGUGAUCAACUGGGUCUGGACUGAUCUGUUCCGUGCUGCGGUUGGUGCCAUCUUCUACAUCAUCACCUCUCUGAUCAAUCUCACUAUAGGAUCUAGGGAUGGAGCUUGUAUGGCAGGCGCGGUGUUAGGGUUGUUCGCUGGGCUGAUAUUUGCAUACGACACCUACACAAUCUACCUCCAAAUCCAAAGUACCAGACAGCACCCAGCAGCUCCAACUGAUGACAGAGUUUAAAUGUUCUCAGACAGAAAUACUUCUGUCAAGAACAGAAGAACCAAAAGCAGUCAUUUGGGCAAAGGUUAACAGAGGAGCGGGUCAGAGAGGAGGAUGGAUAGUAAAAUGAGCAAGUCACAGUUUAAUAAAUGCUGCUGCAUGGCCUGAACAGAUGAAAUGUAUCUUAAAGAAUGAAGCCAGAGAAGAAGAUGACAUAGCCUUA